AUGUUGCAUCAGGUGCAUGGCUUCUUCAAAGGUAUGUUGUUACCCAUGACGACAGUCUCUCUGACGUCCUCAGUGGUGUUUGGUACGUACAGAAACUGCCUGCAGUGCAUGAAGCAGGCACGGGGAGCUGACUGGCUUCCAAACACCAAACUGGAAGUCUUCCUGGCUGGACUUGCAGGAGGUCUAGCUCAGACAUCGGUGAUGUCUCCAGGGGACGUGGUGAAAGUACGCCUCCAGUGUCAGACGGAGUCGAAGCGAAGGGGAACCAAGGCUCUGCUACCCAAGUACCGUGGCCCGGUUCACUGUCUGCUGAGCAUCGUCAGAGACGAGGGCUUCAGGGGACUCUACAGAGGGGCCCUCCCGCUCAUGCUUAGAGACGGACCAUCAUACGCCACAUACUUUUUGACUUAUACCACCAUUUAUGAGUGGCUGUCGGACGGCAGUGUGAAAAAGCUAGAUUGGAGCGGUGUGAUGCUGGCCGGCGGAAUCGCAGGAAUGGCUGGUUGGACCGUAGGAACGCCCAUGGAUGUGAUCAAAGCCCGUCUACAGAUGGACGGCGUGCGGGAAACGAAGCGCUACAAGGGGUUGUUCCACUGCGUCGUUGAGACUGUGAGAGUGGAGGGACCUGCGGUUUUCUUCAAGAGCUUAGGCAUCAACUGUCUGCGUGCUUUCCCCGUAAACAUGGUGGUGUUUUUAACAUACGAGGUUCUCACAGGGUUUCUUCAAACUGGACCUGAACGUGUCGACCCACCUCCUAUACUAGAAUAGUAAAGACACUUCUGGUCAUAUCUAGUUUUCAAUACGGAAUGGUUUCCACAACCAUCACUAAAGCUGUUACACAUACAAAUACAAAUUGAAGACCUAGUAUGCCUUGAAGGAAUGCACAUCAUCCUCCACCUUUUAUGACAGAGUUUUAAUUCAAGAUCAAUCAAUCAACCUUUAUUUAUACAGGUAAAUCCCAUUGA